GGAAAAUAAUAAAUCCUAGAAAAUAUUCAUAAUGAUUCGGGCUUGUGGGAUUGUUUCGAUCUAACGAGAGAUAAGUGUUUACAGUACCAAAACAACCGUACAUAAGAUUUUUUUAAUUAUUCAAAUGACGUCAUUGCAUGCUUUAUUACUACAGUAGAACUUUACGUCAUUUUGAACUAAGCGGAAUGAACAGUGUGACAGUGAAGGAUAACAAAGUAAAAAGAAAACCGGGCAUGGCAGCACAAGCAUCCAGGCUGUACACAAUUAUCGCCAUUGGGCUGUUUGCUGUUCUAUCAGUGGCAGUGGCAUUAACGGCGAUCACUGUCACACGAAACUCUGUUACGUCACGUUCGACGUACACGGACGGAGAACGGGAUGGGAAGAAGUCGUGCCCACUGACGGCAAACAAGUUACGUGAGGCUCUACAGAAUGUAUGUAAGAGUAGGGAAGAUCUGUUACUGAAAGUGUCGUUCGAUGGGGAACAGCUUGUUUGUGGAAAACCAAGUACAAAAGAGAAAACGUCGGUAAAGCCUACUGUAGAACUAAAACAUGCGGAUAAGAAUGCACAGUAUACAGUUUUGAUGCUAGACCCUGACGCACCUAGUCACUCACUGGAGGGUUUGAACUUUUAUCUCCAUUGGGCUAACAUUAACGAUAUCGUGUUUCAGAAUCAUCAAAAGGCAAAGGCGGGUUCAACUUUGAUGAAUUAUAUGGGACCAUCACCGCCUAAAGGAACUGGUGCCCAUCGUUAUCAGAUGAUAGUGUUUGAAUCUACGGAACAAAAUGGUAACAUUGAACUGGACCGGGAUAUAACCGACCGGAAGCACUUUAAGCUGUAUGAUUUUGUGAAGAAGAAUAAUCUUUGCAACAUAGUUGGGCUUUUUGAAUUUACAGUUGCAGCAGAAAAAUAACUGAAAAUGGCAAGAGUGGAGAAUAGAGUUGAGUUGAGAAUCGAGAAACUACUUAAAUUGUUUAUCUUUCAUUUUUGUAAGGAUAAUUAGGUGCUGUACUAACACUAGUAGUAUAUAAUAAUUUCAAAAUAGGUCAUUUACGAAAUACAUAAGGGACAAAAAAUGUUGAGAUACCAGAAAUAAGAUUUGAAAAAAAAACUAAGCUAGGUGAAAUUAGAUGUACAUCAACAACGUCAUCUCGGGGUAGCACUUUUGUUAAAGUUUUACAUGCAACAUCAUGUCCUAUCAACCAUGAAUGAUAUUUGCUUUUAACUUCACACACUUAUUUGAGAGCAUAAUAGUAGGUCACUUUCCAAGGGCCAUAACUCUGGCAUCGAUUUUGACAUACUGGCCCUUUUUGAACUUAAAACAAAUCUUGGUUUAAGUUUUGCUGUAAGAUCAAUCUUUAAAACUUAUGGAGGUAUUCACUUGAAACUUAAUAUAUCAUUAAUUUUCAGGAUCAUUGAUUCAUGCUUUUUGAAUUACAAUUCAAGGUCACUUUCCUGGCCCAUAACUCUGGCAUGGAUUUUGAAUGAAAUAAGCCUUUUGUGAAAUUGGCAAAAUUCUUUAGUCUAGGAUAUUACUCAUAACUAUUUGUAUUUUUGAGAAUGAUACCUUCCUCCUUGUCAAUGCUUUAAUAAUGUAGGCACUGAAAUAGUCAAGCGUGCUGUCCUAUUGACAGCUCUUUUUUUGGAUUGGGUCUUUCUUUAGCCAAAGAAUUGCACAGUGUCUGCAUAAUAUUUACUUGAGCAUAAAAAAUGUGAUUCACUACCUAGAUUAUUUUGAAAAAUUACAGGAAAAUAUGAUAGU